UCUGACCCUUUGCGCACGGCGCAGGUGUGAAAGGUCGCCAGCUCAGCAGGCAAGGAAGCAGGAAGUUUGUGUGUCUUCUUCGCCGCGGCUCGACCUAAAUAAAGAAAACCUCAGUCUGAUCCCGCUGGAUCGUCUCUGUCAAGUAGAAAGAGGUCAUUCUUGAGGAGAAAUAGCGCACGGAUUUAGGGAUAGAACAAGUAGGAGGAAAGAACAAGAUGGCACAACCUGCAAAUGCAGAGAUUGAAAGGGCAUUUUACAUCGCUAAGGAGUAUAAACGAUAUGAGGACCCACGAGCUGGUGACAAGAUCCGAGCGAUUUGUCGAGAAAUCAAAAUCAAGCACAACAUUGCAAACAUGGAGUAUCAGGAACGGCCAAACGGUACCCUGUACUUCCUCAUGCGUGGCCGAGCGAACGAUGUGGAAAUAGCCAUCGCACUGCUUCAGCGUCGACUCACCAGGGACAGACGCCAAGCGAGUGCGGACCUCCCCGAGGGCGUCUCGGCGCUGACGGUGGAGAACCUGAGGCGACACGACAGGGAGCUGGUGGAGCGAAGACAGUUCGGAUGUGCGCCGUGCGACAGCACCUGGUGGAAAAAGGUGUUCGAGCACAAACCGGUGUCCAAGUGUAACAGGUGCCAUGUGAAGUACAAUCCCAUUCCUAAGGACCAGGAGUAUGGCAUCGGCAAGUUUACCUGCCAGCACUGUGGUAACACCUUCACAGGCUGGGCACAGUACAACAAGCCUGCAGACUGCCACAACUGCAAGAAUGUACAGGUGUAUCCCACAGAGGGCAGUAUCGGGCCACGGCAGCCUGGUCCCCGUCUGCGUACUCGAAACGUCCACUCCUGCAGCAUGUGUCAGUUUGGGCAGCUGCACCCUUGUCCUGGCUACAGGAAGGUGUUGGUUGCCAGUACGCCCCACAUCAGCACCGGCUCCACAGUCUCCACCUUCCUCACACAGGCCACCGACCUGGAGGCAGAGUACAGAGACGCAACAUAAGGCCGCAAGUCAGCCGCACGAUAGUUUUCAUCUAUGUUAAAUCAAUCAUCUACAGGUGUCCAGAACUGUAGCAUGGCUGUAGUAGAGACAUCUUUCUCCAGGAUCUAUCUAUGUUAUUAGACAGACAAGAUGUGUCAACAAUUACAGUAAAUUUGUUUUCUGUUGUUUGCAAAUGCAGUUUGACAAAACUUUUUUGACAAUCAAACAGGUGUGCGACCUUCAAGAAAUGUUGAGAUCAGACAUGGGUCAACCAGGUCAAGGGUUAUGCAGACUCCCUAGCUCCUCUGACCCUUUACUGACAUCACAUUUUCAGAGGUGUCAGAUAGUUAAGUGGGUUAUAGCACAUGCAUAUUAAGCACUUUGAGGAAGACCAAAGUUUUGGCCAAGAAUUUGUCUUGUUGAGCCAGUUUUCUAAUCUUUGAAUCAAAAGUAUCACUUCAAUCAUAAAUUUAGCCCGUAACUGGAAAUGCAGUACUUUUCUUCUCCUGUUUGCAUGGUACUGUCGGAGAUUAUCUAGAGUUUUAAUAAUCUUUAUAAUCAAGAAAGGAAAAUAGAAAGACUGUCUGAAUGGCGCAGUGUCAACAUUUUUCUUAACAGGAACUGUGGAACUUUCUCUGUUCGGGUAGUGACUUCCUCUUUGGUACUUCCCAAUUGAGAUUUUCUAAAAAAUAGAAUCACAUAAAUUUCAAAGGUUUUAAUUAUCUUAAGAUUGAAAGUGGAAAAACUGUCUAUGGAACAGUGUAAACAUUUUUCUUAGCACAAAAUGCAGUACUUUCUCUGUUUGGGCACUGUUGGAGAUUAUCUAGAAACUAAAGUUUAUAAGUUUAUAGUGCCUAAAGUUUAUAAAGGUUUAUAUCUCAAUCAAGAUCAGAAAAUGGAAAAAAAUGUCUCAAUGGCACAUUGUCAAAAUUUAUCUUGAGUUAAUCGUAAGAAAUUCACAAGGAGAAUGUCCUGGACAUGGUUGGGGGAUGUCUUAGAUGCAGAGGUCAAAAGGUCAAGGGUAUUGCUUAAGUGUCUUGAGACAAUCAAAAACAACCAGGAUUGGCUCCUGAAUACAGACUUAAAGGGACAGGCAAUAAAAUUCAAGUUUUACCUUAAAUUUGAACCACGAAUUGUUUUUUCAUGAUGUAACCAAAGUAAAAGAAGAAGUUAUUCUCAAAUGCAGUGAAUUUAUGAGAUUGUAUGAAAUCCUAUUCAAGGUACAAUUGUACUUAAAUUACUACUUUAUGAAUCUCAAUGGCUGUUUUGCCUUUAUUGAUUUAGAUACAAUAUUUUUAGAAGUUUGACAACAUUUCUUUGUAUCAAAGUAUUUUAUGAUUAAAAGAUUUUAUGAUGUAAAUGAAGCUAGAUAUGAAAUUUAGAUCCACUUUGAAAAUUUUCAUAAUUGUAUUUUUUACAAUGAGAUGAUAGAUACAGACAACUUUUAAGCUACUUUGCCGGACAAGUGUAUAUGUAAUGCUAAGGAAAUUGUGAGGACCAAAUAUGAUGUCACAGAGCUACAUUGACAAGUAGGCUAUGUUAGUGAAAAAUGUUGAGAUUUUACUGUAGUUACCAAACAAAUCUGAAGAUUCUUAGCAUAAAUUCCUGAGUAUUAUUAAAUUAGAAUCAAAAUUGGUAGUAUAUAUAUAUUGGGCCAAAGAAAUGUUCAAUUUUUUUGGUGUGAUGUAUUCUGUGACAUAUUCACUGGAAGUAAUAGAUGUUAAAAAGUCUACAGGGUUGCCUGUUACAUUUGACAUUUUCUGUCAUUUCAGCUUAGGAGUUGUGGCUUAGAUGCACAUUAUUGCAAUAUCUAUAUGCUUAACUAUCCUGUGGUGUAUUGACCAAUAUGCAGUCAAUUUGUUUUAUCUUGUUUGCAAAUGCAGUUUAAAAGUUUUUGACAAUCGAACAGGUGUGUGAAAACCAGGAAGCUUUAAUGUCACAAAGAUCUGCCAUAAUUUGAUGCUGUGAGCCACAUUCUGAAAUGUAUCAUUUGAG